CGAACUUUCCAAUUCACCACGGGUAACAGCAGCUCUUCUCGCUCCCGGUCGCGGUCGCGAUCGCGAUCACGGCCCCGGUGGGGAUCAGCCAUGGCCACCGGUAAAUCCGUCCUUACCUCUUCUUCCUCCAAAUCCAAUCCUGCUCCGCCGUGGUUCGACUUCUCCUCCGUUUCGACGUUGAGAAUUUCAAUCACUGCCGAUCAGUACCAGUAUUGUUCUGAGGCUCUGAGGUUGCUCAACGAGAAGCUCCAGAUGCCUCAUGAAAUAACCAAAGAGUUUACUAAAUUGCAGGCCAAUAGAAUUAGACCGUCUGAGAUGGCAAGAAGCUGCACGGUAGCUCUUAACAGUUCCAAUAUAAGCAAAAAUCGCUACACUGAUGUUGUACCAUUUGACAAGAAUAGGGUUGUCCUUAAUUCCUGUAAAGAUUACAGACCAUCUGCAAAGGGUUAUAUCAAUGCGAGCUUUAUCACAACUCCUUCCCCAGAAAAAGUUUCUCAGUUUAUAGCCACACAAGGUCCAUUACCACACACCUUUGAGGAUUUCUGGGAGAUGGUUAUUCAAUGUCAUUGCCCUGUCAUUGUGAUGCUUACUCGAUUGGUGGACAAUUUCAAGACAGUAAAGUGUGGGGAUUAUUUUCAAGCAGAAAAUGGUCCUAGAGAAUUUGGCAAUAUAUCUGUUGUCACUAAACAGUUACAAACUACAGAGACUUCAUUGGUGUUGCGCAGCUUGGAGGUAAAUCAUAAGGAGACGGAUAAGCCACCGCUGUCUGUUUUGCACUUUCAAUAUCCAGAAUGGCCAGACCAUGGUGUCCCCGCUGAUACAUUUGCUGUUCGUGAAAUCUUUAAAAGAUUAUAUCAUGUUCCUGUUAAUAUUGGCCCAAUAGUGGUGCACUGCAGUGCAGGUAUUGGGAGAACUGGAGCAUACUGCACGAUUCAUAACACAAUCCAGAGGAUCCUUAUGGGCGAUAUGUCUGCCUUAGAUCUUGUUAGUACUAUAUCCAUGUUUAGGUCUCAGCGAAUUGGAAUGGUGCAAACAGUGGGGCAAUAUUUUUUCUGCUACAAAGCUAUAGUUGAUGAACUGAAUGACCUCAUUUCAGAGUUCAAAGGCAGAAGCAACUCGAAAUGCUAGAUUUCUCUGAUUAAUACCCGAUCUGAUUGAAGUUAUGAGAGGCAAAUAAUGUGGUUAUCUCUUAAAGUGGGGGACAUCCAUUAAUCUGUGCCGCUGCUUCCAUUGUGGCAUCUGGAGAAAACCAAUAAUUGUGCUGAUCUACCAACUCGAUUGGGUUACUUUCAAUUUAAUUAGCAGCCGUUCCUUGAGAAAUGUAGGAAUAUGAACGAAAUACUGAUUGCAGGUUGCCCCCAAAAUUUUCCACGUAUGGAAUAAAGGGCUUGUAUUUCCAUGUUUGUACAAUAUCAACAGUCCUGUAUCUCUACCUCACUCUCUUUCUACAUAGUGGAAUUGCAUUUUUCAUUCCUGUAAACCUGUAACUCUAGAGUGCAUGGGGCGAAUGAUGGCAAACAUUUCCUGUUUCAUCCCUUUUUAUGAGUGCUGUUCGAGUCAAAAUUCUUACAAUAGUGCUGAAUCAUGAACUCAUGUAAUUGCUAAGAAGCCUUGGAUUGUAAGGCACAACUCUUUGAAUCAAUGAGGUUUUUCAUA